AUGAAUCCAAAUAUAGAAGACGAUGAGGCCCCUCCCGAUCUAAUCGACGUGUCCACGCUCCCAACGACGGCGGACCCGCCGUUAUCAAAAUGUACAGAAGGACCAGAGCACAGGGGCCGCGUUCCUAUUACACUUGUGACUGGGUAUCUGGGUGCGGGCAAGACUACUCUGCUCAACUACAUUCUUACUGAAAAGCACGGCAAGAAGAUCGCUGUGAUUAUGAAUGAAUUUGGAGACACAACCGACAUAGAGAAGCCCCUGACCGUAAACCAGGGCGGCCAGGAAGUCACCGAGUGGAUGGAAGUCGGCAACGGCUGUAUCUGCUGCUCCGUCAAAGACUCCGGCGUGAUGGCCAUCGAAUCCCUCAUGGAACGCCGCGGCAACUUCGACUACAUCCUCCUAGAAACAACUGGCCUAGCAGACCCAGGCAACAUCGCCCCCUUGUUCUGGGUAGACGAUAACCUCGGCAGCUCCAUCUAUCUAGACGGCAUCGUGACGCUUGUCGAUGCGAAGAAUAUCCUUCAUCUUUUGGAUGAGCCUGCGCCGGAAGAGAUCGUGCCGGAGCAGGACCAGCACCAUGCCGAUGAACAUGAGCAUAAGGGCCCCGCGCUCUCAAUGGCGCAUAUGCAGAUUUCCCAUGCCGACGUCAUAAUUCUUAACAAGGCCGAUUUAGUCUCUCCUGCCGAGCUGGAAACGGUCAAGGAUCGGGUCACGGCUAUUAACAGUGCGGCUAAGCUUCAUGUUACGGAUCAUGGCAAGACGCCACAGAUUGAGGGGAUUGUGUUGGACUUGCAUGCAUAUGAUCAUCUAGGGGAUGUGGAUUUUGGGAGGAAGGGACAUAGUCAUAUUGAUCCGGCCAUCUCAACAAUCAAAAUAACACACCCUCCAAUCACACACCAGAAAGUGCCAAGGAUAGACGCCUGGCUCCGUUCUCUACUCUGGGAAUACACCCUGCCAUCUACGGGAGAUGGCAAGAACGGCACAGACUCGAAAGCUCAAGCUCUUGACUUCGAGAUACACCGUCUAAAGGGGAUCCUGUUCCUUGACGACGGAACAACCAAAAUCAUCCAGGCUGUCAGGGACAUAUUUGAGAUACGAGACAUGGAGAGGACCGAAUCCGACGCAUCCAAGGCUCAGCUUAUGGAUGAGUGUAAGAUUGCUUUGAUUGGGCGUGGUCUCGGGCAGAGUGCGACGCCAUGGCAGAGGAGUUUUGAUACGUUCUUGGAACAGGAAUGA